CCAACCUCUCCCUGCUCUCACCUCGAGAGACAGAACGUUCUUCCACGUCAGUCCAGACGAGGCUCACCUCCUUCACAGCUCUGCUCGGAAAUUUUCUCUCUCUAUCCUCUCCUGUCUCUUCUCCACCGCCGGCAUGAGCGCUAAACUGUGGACUGAGGAGCAGUUCAACUGCCCCGUGUGUCUGGAUCUCCCGAAUGACCCGGUCACCAUUCCCUGCGGCCACAGCUACUGCAUGGGCUGCAUCAAGGACUACUGGAGCAAGGACGACCCCAAGGGGGUCUACAGCUGCCCCCAGUGCCGAAAGACCUACAGCCCCAAGCCCUCCCUGUCCAGGAACACCAUGCUGGCCGAGGCGGUGGAGCAGCUCCGCAAAGGGGCCCUCAAGGCCGACGUGCGUGAAUCCAUGCGGAGCACCCGCUCCUCGUCCGGAUCCAAAGGGAAGUCCUCCUCCUCCUCCUCCUCCUCGGCGGUGCCGUGCGACUUGUGCAAAGGGGAGCCGCAGGCGGCGGUCAAGAGCUGCCUGUCGUGCAUGAGCUCGUUCUGCGCGGCCCACCUGAAGCCCCACACCAACAAGAAGGCCCUGAGGGCACACGAGCUGAUCGCGCCCACCGCCAACCUGGCGGAGAAGAUCUGCACCCAGCACAAGUACCUGCAGGAGUUCUACUGCCGCCAGUGCAAGAUGUUCGUCUGCUGGCUGUGCACCAGCAACCAGCACAAGGGCCACGAGUGUGUGUCCACCAAGGCCGAGCGCCUGGAGAAACAGAAAGUGCUGUACGAGAUGCAGACUGAGAACCAGCAGAGGCUGAAAGACCGCGAGCAGGAGCUGAAGGACAUGAAGAAGAUGAUGGAUGGGAUGAAGCGUUCCGCAGACCGGGUGCACGGCGACACGGAGCAGGUGCUGGCGGAGCUGCAGCGCUCGGUGGAGCGUCUGCAGGAGCUGCUGGAGGAGGUGCUGGACCAGGCCGGCCUGGAGAAGAUGGGACAGGCCCAGGACGUCGUCGACAGCCUGGAGGCCGAGGUCAAGGAGCUGAGGAGGAGGGAGACGGAGAUGCGGGACCUGGUGCGCUGCGAGGACCACAUCCACUACCUGGAGGCGUGCGAGGCCAUAUCAAGCCCGCUGGAGUCGGGGGACCUGCCCGCCGUGACGGUCAACCCCGAAGCGUCCUUUGAGCCCGUGCGGGAAGCCAUCCUGGACCUCAAGGACCGCGUGGAGGACCUGUGCAACCAGGAGCUGAGCAAGAUCACCAAACAAGUCAACAACACCACUCUGUUCACGCUGAAAGACUCCAACCGGAGCGCAGGGUCGAAAGCAGGGAUUUUAAAAUUGUUUGGUCUGGGCUCUCGCAACACAAACAGCCGCCCUCCAGCCUCUCCCAGCAUCUCGCGGAGCGCAGACAGACGAGGUAUCAAGAGUCAAGACGUGAGGAGCAGGGACGCUCCGCGAGGAAACACGAGCUCACCCAGAGACAGACAGAGGAGAGAGGAGAGAGAGACAGAUUCUCUUUGGAGCAGGUCCAGUCAGAGCCAGGCUGUCCCUGCUGCGGCCCCUGCACAUAUCCCUACUCCAAUCCCCGCCGCUCCUGCUCCUGCUCCUGCUCCUGCUCCAGCAUCAACUGGAGGGUCCGGUUUCAGUCGGAUGGCGUCCAUCAGCAGCCUGUUCCGCUCCCAUCGGCGCGGCACCACCCCGGCUACCCCGGCCAGUAACGCACUGCCAGCAGGAGGAAACCCAUGGGGGAUGGCUGCUCUGUCUGAAACGCCAACAGAAAUUAACCCCAGUCUCUUCUUGGACCUGCCCACCCCCGACUCCGUGAUUCACGCUCCCGCUUACCCCGCACUGAGAGAAAUCAACCUCGACAGCAUCCAGGCCCCAGAGCCGAGGAGCAGAGAGGAGUUCCUACAGUACUCUGUGAUCUUGACCCUUGACACCGACACGGCCCACCGGCGGCUCACUCUCGCCGAGGGCAACACCAAAGCCACUCUGCAGGCGGCGGCGCAGCCCUACCCCAACACCCCCGCGCGCUUCGACGGCUGGACCCAGGUGAUGUGCGCGAGCCAGCUGUACGCCCAGCGCUGUUACUGGGAGGUGGAGUGGAGGGGCCGGGGCUCCUCCAUGGGCGUAGCCUACGGUGCGAUGAUCAGGAAGGGCUCGGACGCCCGGUCGGGGCUCGGUUACAACGCCCAGUCCUGGACCCUGGAGCUGUCGGACACCUGCUGCUCGGCCAUGCACGACAACGAGAAGAAGGAUAUACCGGUCACCUACUCCCCCCGCGUGGGCCUCUACCUGGACCUGUCCACGGGGACGCUGGCCUUCUACAGCGUGGCGGACAGCAUGACGCACCUGCACACCUUCCGCGCUAACUUCACGCAGCCGCUUUACGCCGCCUUCGGGGUGGGCAGCGGAGUCGGGGUGGGUCUGGACUUCGCCCUCGGACAGUUCAGUUCCAGCUCUGACAGCAUCAAGAUCUGUCCCAUGUGAGAGGGGUGCAGGCGGGAUAAUCACGCCAUCAUAAACAACCGACAUAAGUAUGGGAAAAAAAAAAAAAAGGCCGACAUUGCAUUAACUUUCCGCACCGGUUCUUCCACCGAGUAUGAGUAAUAAACCAGUGGGUGAGUCA